AUGGAGGGGGCAUCUAAAGUGGUCCUUAAUGAGCAUUGUUCAGCCGCAAUGUUGAACAAAUUGCCAAAAAAGAUGGGUGACCCAGGUAGUUUAACUUUUCCAUGCCAAUUCGGGAAUUUAGCUACUAGUUAUGCAUUGGCUGAUUCGGGGACAAGUGUGAACCUUAUGCCAUAUUCAUUUUUUAAGAAGUUGAACCUUCCGGAGCCGAGACCGAUUCGAAUGGAAAUUCAUCUAGUAAACAAGACGGUGACAUUUCCAAGGGGGAUAUGUGAGGACCUAUUGGUGAAAGUUGAUAAGUUUGUAUUUCCUACGGAUUUCAUAGUGCUAGAUAUAGAAGAAGACCAUCAAGUGUCGAUCAUUCUUGGAAAACCUUUCUUAAACACCACAAGCGCCAUAGUGGACAUAAGAGAAUCCAAACUUACCCUUCGGGUGGGAGAAGAUUCAGUUACUUUUGGAGUUGAUCGAGCCAUGAAGCAUUCUAAGUUUAGUGAUGACACGACCUUCUCGGUGGACAUUUUGGAAGAAUUAAUGGAAGAAUGGAAAGAAGACAAGUCAAACGAUCCACCGUUACCUUUAAAGAUGACUUUGAUGUUGAAAGAGACCUAA